CCGAAGAUGGAGGGCAGUUUUAACCUGUAUCGUGCCCAAGUCAAGGUCUAUUUGCACCGAUUCAAUGCGUGGGGUCUCGUGGAUGGCAGCAUCGUUCGUCCUCUUCUAGCUGGCCCUGCUCAACAGCAGUAUGACCAGUUGGAUUUCUUUGUAAAGGACACCUUGCUCCGUCGCGCAAAAGUGGAGGAUGCAGAGAGAAUGUGUGAUCUUCCAAGUGGCAGAGAGAUGUGGGAAGAUUUGGAAGCUCAUCACACAAAACGUGAGUUUUCUAAUUAUGUCUGGGUUAUGAAGGAGUUUUUCCAUGCUACCUAUUCCCGCGAGCAGACAAUGGACUCCUGGCUGCAGGAGAUUCAUGAUACUCGUCGUGCUCUU